UGUUCAGAGGGAGGGGACACUGCAAGAAACAAAAAGAGGACGCAGUGAAGUUCUCUUCAGAGAGGAAUCACCAGCGACGGAGUGCAAGAGGUUUGGUGGAGGAAAAAUAAAUAAAUAAAUAAGAGGGAACCAGACACUAGAAGAAGUUUAUUUUCUAGAGAAUCAAGAUGCAGAACAUUACACUCAUCCUGCUAGCCUUACUGGUGGACUUCCUGUUGGCCGCCUCUGUGAGCCUGUCAGCAUCUCAGCCUCCUGUCACAAAAACCCGCAUCCGCUACAUCGGUGUAGACUAUGAUGAUGAGAAUGAAACCCCCAAACCUAGUUUAAAAGUCCCUGUACAGGCUGGGGGCACUACCACUCAGUUUACCCCUCAGCAGUGUGAAUAUGACCCCUGUGUGGUUCCCAAGGUUCCCUGUUCCGUGAUUGCCGCCCAAACUAAAUGCUACUGUCCUGGAAUUAGUGGUCCGGACGAGUUGCCAGCACCUCCGGAGAUUAAAGCGCUGAAACAGGGAGCAAAUGGACUGGUUGAGGUCCAUUGGUGUGCACCACAGUCCACAGUCACCCACUACAAAGUAAUCACAGAAGAAGGCCACGAGCCACAAACUUUCAGCAAUUCUUCCCGUACUGGGUUGGUGCAUGGAGUAACGGUUGGGUCACGAGUUUGUGUGGUGGCAGGGAAUAAAGUUGGACUCAGCACUGAAUCAGAAGCAUCAUGUGCUCUCUUCGAGCCUAACAAAACCAAUCAGGCCCUCAAGAUGUCAUGGAUCAUUGGUGGGGGCAUCGGACUUUUGCUGCUGGCUACAGGGUUGGCUGUGGUGUUGUUGUGGAGAUGGAAGCGGGGCAGGAAGAAUGGGAAUGUGGAUGGAGAGGGACUACGAAAUCCAUCCUACACCACAAAUGAAACACUGUGAUUGCAUGGGAUGAAAUUCAAGAUACUCAAUUCGUGGUGUAGACUGAAUGAGUAGGCUCUGGGAAAGGCUAUUAAAAGCAUUAACAAACAUAUACUUUUAAACAGUACUCAAAAAAACUUGUAAGAGGCAUGGUCAAAAGGAUGAUGGGGAGAGCUCGAGGACAAUACAGACAAGUCACCACCAAGAACUGAAACAAGACAGACUUUAUAUGUUGUGUACAAGGGUUAAAUUUAAAGCCCUUCCAAAGGAAGGUUGGACUGCAAGUAAGGACAUUAACCAUGCAAACUCAACAGGCCUCAUUUAUGGGUAUGAUUGGCAUUGAAGACUUCAGUGUCUAUAGUUAUCAAGUUAGUUAAUACAAGUUGGAAGAAUAUUUAAAAGAAAUAGAGGGGGGUUUGGGUUGGGGUAGGGAUAGUCUGGGUCCUCAUAAGGAUAGCUUAGACCAGGGGUUUUCAAUCUUAUCCACCAUGGAGUCACACUUAAUUCCACUCGCUAAACCAGUUUGUCUUGGUUCCCGAUCAACUAACAAGUGUACCUCCUAUUUGAUUGGAAUCAGCCACAACCGCACUUUGCUGGAUAAGUUUUCAGACCCCUGGUUUAGACCUUGCAUAAUGAAGAUAUCACCCCUAACACACAGAUACAACAGGUGUGGACAAAUCAGCAGCCUAAACAUCUAUUUUGUUCAGGCUAUUUCAUUUUUAUUUGCAAGUAGGUUUGUCAUAUGACUCUCUUGCUAGCUCAUGCAGUCAUCAUAAGAGAUAAAAUAAAGACACUAACCAGACUCAGUAAUACUCAUUACGCUAACAGAACAAAGCAGCUCAUUGCAGAAAUGUUGGCCUUCUGGUGAAGGUUAUGACGACAAUGUGCUACAUUAGAUACUUUGUUCAUUUCCAUUAGUCUCUAUUAAUCCACUUUUUAUUCUCGUCAGGGCUAGCUAGUGAUUUGUCCACCCCUGCACAGAUUUCCAUAGUUGUCUCAUCAUGCUAAUAGUUACAACCAUAAGUACAAAUUAAUAGAAACACAGCAGCAGACGCUCUUUGGAGGUGAUGGACAAAUUACAUAUUCCACGGAAGUACUCUCUUUAAUAACUGUUCCAAAAGACUCAUUCACUGGGAAAAGAUGCGUUGCAAUUUGACCGUGAAAGAAGCUGGAAGGUAAUGUGCCUGUGGAGACUGGGUCAGGACAUGAAGGACAAAUCAACAUGGACUUGUACAAACAGAAGAAAAAGAGCCGAGAACUGAAAUAACGUAAUGUACCCCUGUGUUAGCAACUGAAAACAUAUCAACCCUACUAAAAGCUAGUCAACACGUUACAUAAGUUUAAGAGGCAUUUUAAAUUAUAGUCUUUUUUUUUUUUUUACAAAUUAAUUCCACUAAUGGUGCUGGAACAUCAAGGAAGCCUGGAGCUUCUGUAAAGCUUUAUAGAUUUUUCUAGUUGCAUAGAAAUGCUCAUUUUUACUAUUAACGCUAAUUGUUUUGUAAUAAUAAAGUCAUGGAAAUGAA